AUGACGGAGGGCAACAUCGCCAGCUGGAAGGUCAAGGAGGGCGAGUCCUUCUCCGCCGGCGACGUGCUCCUCGAGAUCGAGACCGAUAAGGCCACCAUGGACGUCGAGGCCCAGGAUGACGGCGUCAUGUUCAAGAUCACCACCGGCGACGGCGCCAAGGGCGUCCAGGUCGGCACCCGCAUCGCCGUCAUCGCCGAGCCCGGUGACGACCUGUCCUCCCUCGAGGUCCCCGCCGACGAGCAGACCUCUUCCCCCUCCUCCAAGCCCGCCGAGAAGGAGGCCCCCAAGAGCGACACCGCCGAGCGCCGCGAGGCGCCCCAGGGCGAGGCCCGCGCCCAGCAGCAGGGCGGCGCCCCCAAGACCUCGGGCGGCAAGGCCCGCGAGCAGAGAUAUCCCCUCCUCCCCUCCGUCCAGUCCCUCGUCAACGAGCACGGCCUCGACAAGGACGCCGUCAGCAAGAUCGAGCCCACGGGCCCCAACGGCCGCCUGCUCAAGGGCGACGUCCUCGCCUACCUGGGCGCCAUCAACGCCGAGACCCCGAGCAAGAUCAUGGACCGCGCCGUCCAGAUGUCCAAGCUCGACCUCAGCAACAUCAAGGUCGCCCCCAAGAAGGAGGCCGCGCCCCAGAAUGCCGACCAGAAGCAGAAGCCCGCCGAGGCCCCUGCCGCCCCCGUCGACUCCGAGGUCGCGCUGCCCGUCUCCCUGUCCAAGGUCCUCGAGGCCCAGAAGCGCAUCCAGUCGACCCUCGGCGUCUUCAUGCCCGUCUCCACCUUUGUCGCGCGUGCCGCCGAGGUCGCCAACGACGACCUGCCCCCCUCCGCCCGCAAGCCCACCGCCGACGAGCUCUUCAACCAGAUCUCCGCCCUCCCCGAGUCGUCCCUCCUCGCGCCCCGCCCCGCCGCCAGGCGGUCGUCCUCCGACAUCAUCGACCUCCUCGCCGCCCCUGCCAAGAAGGCCGCCGCGCCGAAGCCCGCCCCCGCCCGCCACACCCCCGGCAUGUCGUCCGGCAGCAACCUGUUCUCCGUGACGGUGCCCAAGGGCGACGAGAAGCGCGCCAAGGUGUUCCUGGAGAGGGUCAAGCUCAUUCUGGAGGAGGAGCCCGGCAGGCUCGUUCUGUGA